CAUAUCUAUUUCUCUCUCUAUAUCGACAACCAAUCUCCAUAGCCACCCAUUCAGAACCUCUGUCCCUCACUAUCUCGCCUUCUACAAUGGUUCGCAAGCGAAUGGCUUCUUCGAUUCGUCAAUCUACUCCUACUAAGAAGUCGAAAAGACUCGAAGAGGCUUCAAUUUUGAACUCGAAAACGGCUUCAACAGCGAAAUCUCCUUCGGUUUCUGAGAACGACUUCGUAGAAGAAGCCGUUUUGGCGAACGAAGAAGAAGUAGCUUAUUUGGAGAAUGAAGAAGAAGAAGAAGAAGAAGAAGAACAAGUCUUGCCAAAUCGAGCCGACUCCAGUGAAGCUCAAAUGAGGCCGAUCACUGCGAGGAAGUGUACGAAGCAUAUUACUGAAGAGGAUGCGGAAGAGUGUCGGUUUCUCGGCGAACCGAUAGAAAAGGAAGAAGCGCAGCGGCGAUGGCCUGAUCGGUACAAAGGGAAGGGCAAGGGGACAAAGGUUGUUUCAUGCAGUGGUUCAAACGGUAAGGAUGAGGUGGAUAUCAUUCAAGCCAAAUGCCAUUACUUGCAGGCAGAGGUUGAUGGUCGUGUAGUUUACAGCCUCCAAGAUGAUGCUCACGUCAAUUCGAAAAGACUCGAAGAGGCUUCAAUUUUGAACUCGAAAACGGCUUCAACAGCGAAAUCUCCUUCGGUUUCUGAGAACGACUUCGUAGAAGAAGCCGUUUUGGCGAACGAAGAAGAAGUAGCUUAUUUGGAGAAUGAAGAAGAAGAAGAAGAAGAAGAAGAACAAGUCUUGCUAAAUCGAGCCGACUCCAGUGAAGCUCAAAUGAGGCCGAUCACUGCGAGGAAGUGUACGAAGCAUAUUACUGAAGAGGAUGUGGAAGAGUGUCGGUUUCUCGGCGAACCGAUAGAAAAGGAAGAAGCGCAGCGGCGAUGGCCUGAUCGGUACAAAGGGAAGGGCAAGGGGACAAAGGUUGUUUCAUGCAGUGGUUCAAACGGUAAGGAUGAGGUGGAUAUCAUUCAAGCCAAAUGCCAUUACUUGCAGGCAGAGGUUGAUGGUCGUGUAGUUUACAGCCUCCAAGAUGAUGCUCACGUCAAUGCUGAAGAGGGAAAAGAUUAUUAUAUUUGUAGAAUUGUGGAGUUCUUUGAGGCGGUGGAUGACACACUUUACUUCACAGCUCAAUGGUUCUAUAGGGCCUGUGAUACGGUCAUUCAGAAUUGUUGUAACCUUAUUGAUGAUAAGCGUGUAUUUUUAUCUGAAGUGAAGGAUGACAAUCCAUUGGAUUGCCUGGUUGAGAGACUGAAAAUUAUCCAUUUGCCUCUAAAUGUUGAUUUGUGUUCCAAGAAUGGUGCAAUUUCAGAUUGCAACUAUUACUAUGACAUGAUGUACUUGUUGCCAUAUUCCUCUUUUGUGAGCUUGCCACCACCAGAUAAUAUGGGAGCUGGAAGUGAAUCAGAUUCUACAAUCUCCAGUGAGGCUGAUGUUGCUGGAACUGUGCGGGGUGAGGAAAAUUCCCAAGUUGAAAAGCAUAAAAAAUUGGAGAUGUCACUUUUGGACCUCUACUCUGGUUGUGGUGCAAUGUCCACAGGAAUUUGCCUUGGUGCCAACAGUUAUGGUGUUAAUCUGGUUACUAAAUGGGCUGUUGACUUAAAUCCAUAUGCAUGUAAAAGCCUGAAAUUGAACCAUCCUGAGACUCAGGUUAGAAAUGAAUCAGCAGAAGACUUUCUAUCUCUGUUAAAGGAGUGGGAGAAGCUCUGUGCUUCCUAUUCAUUAAUAGGAAGUAGGGAAUCACAAGAGCAAUGUGUAGAUCCUCUAAGAACAGAAAAUGAUGAAGGCGAUGAUGAUGAAGCUAGUGGUGAUGACGAGGAAGAUAAUGAAGUAUUUGAAGUGGAGGAGAUUUUGGCAAUAUGUUAUGGUGACCCAAACGAAAUCAAGAAACCUGGACUAUAUCUUAAGAUUAGUUGGAAGGGUUAUGGGCCAGAGGAAGACACCUGGGAGCCUAUAGAGGGCUUAGGUGAUUGUCGUGAAAAGAUAAAGGAAUUUGUCACCGAUGGCUAUAAAUUAAAGAUUCUGCCUUUGCCUGGCACUGUUGAAGUUAUAUGUGGGGGUCCUCCUUGUCAAGGCAUAAGUGGAUUCAAUCGCUUUAGGAAUACUAAAAAUCCUUUAGAAGAUCCUAAAAAUAAACAACUUGUUGUGUUCAUGGAUAUUGUGAAUUUCUUAAAGCCAAGAUUUGUGCUGAUGGAAAAUGUGGUUGACAUUGUUAAGUUUGCGGGUGGCUUUCUUGGAAGAUAUGCUUUGGGUAGUCUAGUUGGAAUGAAUUAUCAAGCACGACUAGGGAUGAUGGCAUCUGGUGCUUAUGGGCUCCCACAGUUCCGGAUGCGUGUUUUCCUGUGGGGUGCUCAUCCUACAGAGAAAUUGCCUCAAUACCCAUUACCCACACAUAAUGUUGCUGGGAGGGGUGUAGUUCCUACUGAAUUUGAGUCAAACACCGUUGGUUAUGAAGGUGGCCAUAAAGCUGAAUUGGAGAAGGCACUCUUGCUUGGGGAUGCAAUUUCAGACCUUCCCCCCGUGGAGAAUGAUGAGGCACGUGAUGAAAUACCAUAUGAUGGUGCACCAGAGACAGGUUUUCAACACUUCAUCAGAUUAAGAAAAGACGAGAUGCCAGGAUGUUCCUCAUUUGGGUCAGAAGCAUUGCCACAUCAGAUUUUUGAUCAUCGACCUCUUAAAUUGAAUGAUGAUGAUUACCAACGUGUGUGUCAAAUACCAAUGAAAAAGGGUGCAAACUUCAGGGAUUUGAGAGGGGUACGGGUUCGUGAGGACAACAAAGUUGAAUGGGACACAGAUAUACCGAGGGUGUAUCUAUCUUCUGGGAAACCAUUGGUGCCUGAUUAUGCAAUGACUUUUGUCAAUGGAAGUUCAUCAAAACCAUUUGCUCGAUUAUGGUGGGAUGAGAUAGUGCCUACAGUGGUUACUAGAGCGGAGCCCCACAACCAGGCAAUAUUGCAUCCUCAGCAAAACAGAGUCCUAUCAAUUCGGGAAAAUGCAAGACUGCAAGGCUUUCCUGAUUAUUAUAAACUUAUUGGCCCAAUUAAAGAAAGAUACAUCCAAGUGGGGAAUGCAGUGGCUGUUCCUGUUGCGCGAGCCUUGGGAUAUGGAUUGGCUUCGGCACUAAGAGGAACUUGUGGUGAAGACCCUUUAUUUACCUUGCCUGCGGGCUACCCUAAGAAUAUGAAUCCUCCUUCUCCUGCUUCUGAUGAGGAUAGUGUUUGA